AGGACAAACACAAGACUGAGCCAUAUACCCAUCGUCAAAUUCAACGAAUAUCUACCCGACCUCAUAAACCGACUUAUUUACUAUCCAAAAGCAUGCUAUAUGAUUCAAUGGGGAUAUGAGAAGUACAAGUACACUCCAUUUCGCAUGCUCACUGGCGACGGUGAAGUUGUGGUUUUGCCGAGCAAGUACCUGGAUGAGUUGAAGCACCUACCGCCAUCUAUCCUCAGUUCAUUUGAGGCACAAUACGAGGUACUUCUCCCAGUCAACUUGAAGACCUGUGCGCAAUUAUCUGACCAGAGCUUGAAUCAGAUUGCACUUGGCGAUUAUACAAAUCUUGUGAUAAGCAGUCAUCUACCGUCUCAAACAGUCAAACGAUGUCUGACCCCUAGGCUCCCUCGAAUCAUACCCUGGGUGAUAAAUGAACUUGGAGAUGCAUUCAAUGCAAUCGUGCCAAAAUGCGACGGUAAGCAUCAGUCUGGGUUAUCCAAUGCCCUAAAAAAUAUAUUAAGAGAAAAUACAGACGUAUGGGUUCCACUUCGGCCACACGAAAUGUUUGGGCACCUCAUUGCACGAGCGACAUCCCGCAUUGCAGGUGGUGACACCCUACAGCGCAACGAAGAAUGGGAGAACAUCGCAAGCAGCUACUCGGCUAAUGUGGGAUUGGUUAUUAUUCUUCUCCGUCCCUUCCCGAACUUUCUUCGGCCCUUUGUAGCACGAUUUCUCCCACCAGUGCGGCAAAUGAAACAACAACUUCAGUGUGUCAAGAAGCUCUUCACACCAAUAGUUAAACAGCGCCGGACAGCAGAGGCGGCCAACGACCCAAGCUACGAGAAACCAGAUGAUUUUCUACAAUGGAUGAUGGACGGUGUAGAAGAUGAGCAAGACUUUGACCCUGAGAUGCUCGCUCAUCACAUGCUUGUCUUGAUUAGUAUGGCGGCCAUCCAUACGAGUUCAAUUACACUGACCCAAGCUCUCUAUGAUUUGAUCGCCAGGCCAGAAUACCUCCAGCCUCUGCGCGAGGAGAUCCAAGUGACGUUGCAAAGUGGAUGGGAGAACGCAACAAAGGCAUCACUGGAUGCACAACGACGUCUGGAUAGCUUCAUGCGCGAGUCGCAGCGUUUCAAUUCGAUAGUGUCCAUGCACCGUAUAGUUAAGAAGUCUUUGACACUCUCCGAUGGCCUCAUCCUCCCUGAAGGCACGCACAUCUGCUUUCCAGCCGGCCCGAUGUCGAGAGAUUCGUCUUUCGUCGCCAAUGCUUCAAAUUUCGACGGCCUUCAAUGGUGUAAAGAGUCAAUUGAUCGAAAUGCUCUGAAGUCUGCCAAGUAUUAUACAACCAUUGAUGGCACAGAUGAUGCAAACCCACAGCGUUCCCAGUUGACCUCAACAACGUCAAGUAGCUACAUCUCUAUCAGCCCCGCUGCCAUGCACUUUGGCUAUGGACGGCAGGCCUGCCCAGGUCGGUUCUUUGCUGGAUGUAUGAUCAAGGCGAUUCUGAGUCGGAUUCUGAUGGACUACGAUUUCAAGUUCGAGAAUAAUCCGGUUGGAUGGAGGCCUGCUAACCUCUAUGUUGGCGAGCAUAUCCUUCCAAACAUCCAUCUGACUGUGUUACUUCGGAAAAGGAAACUCGACCUUUGA